AUGAGUUCUGCUGCUGGUGGUAUUGGUGUUGGGAGUGCGGGGCUUUACGCUGUGGUUACGAAUCCGGCGCAGAUGGGCGCGAAACCGGAGGAGGCGGACGAGUUGAAGCAUCAUUUGAAGCAUGGGAAAGGUUUCGUGAAUCCGUGGGAUAGUUUCCGGGAUUUUAAUCCUUGGAAGCUUGGUUUUGGGAUGGCUUGGCGACGGCUAUCCGGCCAAAGCCACUUCCCCGACACGACACCCCCCACCGUCCCCAUCCGUCCCCCCUCCUUCCUCCCAUCGCGCCAAACCUCCAAACUCCGCGCAACCUGGCUCGGGCAUGCCUGCUACUAUGUCGAAUUCCCCGGCGGACUCCGUGUGCUCUUCGACCCGGUUUUCGAAGACUGUUGUGCACCCAUCAAUCUCAAAAACCUAAAGCGCUACACGCCCCCGCCGUGUGAAGUCGAAGACUUGCCGAUAGUUGACGCUGUUGUGAUCAGCCAUAAUCAUUAUGACCAUUUAAGUCAUCCGACGGUGAUGCGGAUACAUAAGAAGCAUCCGAAUGUGCAUUUCUUUGCACCGUUAGGGAAUAGGCAGUGGUUUCUGGAUUGUGGGGUUAAGAAUAUUACAGAGCUGGAUUGGUGGGAAACCCGGGACGUUAAGCUUGAGAUGUUUGCCGGCAAAGGAGAAGAAGGCUCUCAAGUCUCGGUUGCUGAGGUGGAUGAUUUGAAGUCGAAUCUGGGGGCGAUUACUGCCACGAUCGGCGCACUGCCGUGCCAGCAUGUGAGUGCGAGAACACCAUUUGAUAAGUGCCGGACUCUAUGGGCGAGUUGGAGUGUGGAGAGUGGAGGGAAGAAGGUUUAUUUCGCUGGUGACACAGGCUAUCGCUCGGUUCCGCACCUCCCCCCGGGCACCGACGACUACUCACCGGCCUACGCCCACCUCCCGCACUGCCCCGCCUUCGCGCAAAUCGGGCUCCACCGCGGCCCCUUCGAUCUUGGACUCAUCCCCAUCGGCGCCUACGAACCGCGCUGGAUAAUGUCGCCUAUGCAUGCGAACCCGAAGGACUCGGUCAACAUCUUCGUAGAUACCAAAUGUCGGAAGGCCUUGGGAAUGCAUUGGGGCACGUGGGUUUUGACGGAGGAGCCGGUUAUGGAACCCCCUAGAAAAUUGAAGGAGGCGUUGAAAGAGAAGGGGCUUGAUGAGAAAGGGGUGUUUGAUGUGCUGGAUAUUGGGGAGAGUAGGGAGUUUGGGGGGGAUUGA